CUAUAGCUAGGCGGUAUCUAGCUUUCCUCCGACUUCUUUCGCUCCAAAGACUCACUGUUAACCUGGUGGGCAGAAAACCACUUUGGAAAAAGCUCUUGCAGCUUCAUAUAAAACUAAAUUAUAAACUCCACGACCAGCAAUUUCUCACCUAGGAACUUAUUCAAGAGAAAUUAAAGCAUAAAUCCCAGAUCUCCAUCAAUAGGAAAAUGGGUAAACUGUAGUAUAUCCAUACAAUGCAGUAUUACUCAGCAUUAAAAAGGAACCAACUGGGACGUCCCUGGUGGCUCAGUGGUUAAGAAUCCGCCUGCCAAUGCAGGGGACACAGGUUUGAGCUCUGGUCCGGGAAGAUCCCACAUGCCACGGAGCAACUGAGCCCAUGUGCCACAACUACUGAGCCUACGCUCUAGAGCCCGCGAGCCACAACUACUGAAGUCCACAUGCCUAGAGCCUGAGCUCUGCAACAAGAGAAGCCACCGCAAUGAGAAGCCCGAGCACCGCAAUGAAGAGUAUCCCCUGCUCGCUGCUCCUAGAGAAAGCCCACGGGCAGCAACGAAGACCCAACAACGAAGACCCAAUGCAGCCAAAAAUAAAUAAAUAAAUUUAUUUAAGAAGAAAAAAAAAAGACCUGCAGAGUUGGUGGCGAUGCUGUCGGGCACCCAGGCAGUGGCAGCGGAAUGCGCGGACGCGGAGCUGCGGUGCCGUGUUGCUGUGGAGGAGUUGAGCCCGGGCGGGCAGCCGCGAAGGCGCCAGGCCCUGCGCACCGCGGAGCUGAGACUGGGUCGUAACGAGCGCCGCGAGUUGAUGCUGAGGCUGCAGGCGCCCGGGCCCGCGGGGCGGCCGCGGUGCUUUCCCCUGCGCGCCGCGCGCCUCUUCACGCGCUUCGCCGCGUCCGGGCGCAGCACUCUGCGGCUUCCCGCCGACGGCGCUCCCCGGACCGGCGCGGUGCAGCUGCUGCUCUCCGACUGCCCCCCUGACCGCCUGCGCCGCUUCCUGCGCACUCUGCGCCUCAAGCUGGCCGCGGCCCCGGGUCCCGGGCCGGCCUCCGCCCGCACGCAGCUGCUUGGCCCGCGGCCCCGCGACUUCGUCACCAUCAGCCCGGUGCAGCCCGAGGAACUUCGGCGCGCGGCGGCCACCUGGGUCACGGACUCCACGCCGGUGAAGCAGCCCACGGAGUCCCGGUCCGGGGCCAAGCCCAGCACCGAAGUCCCAAGGUGGCCCCUGCCUGUGAAGAAGCUGAGCUUGCCCCCCACCAAACCAGAGCUUUCCAGGGAACAGGCUGCUGUGCUGAGGGUUGUCCUGAAAGGCCAGAGCAUUUUCUUCACUGGGAGUGCAGGGACGGGGAAGUCUUAUCUGCUGAAGCGUAUCCUGGGCUCACUGCCUCCCACAGGCACUGUGGCCACUGCCAGCACUGGGGUGGCAGCCUGCCACAUCGGGGGUACUACCCUCCAUGCCUUUGCAGGCAUUGGCUCGGGUCAGGCUCCCCUGGCCCAGUGUGUGGCCCUGGCCCAGCGGCCAGGCGUGCGGCAGGGCUGGCUGAACUGCCAGCGGCUAGUCAUUGAUGAGAUCUCCAUGGUGGAAGCGGACCUAUUUGAUAAGCUGGAGGCCGUGGCCAGAGCUGUCCGGCAGCAGAACAAGCCAUUUGGAGGGAUCCAGCUCAUCAUCUGUGGGGACUUCCUGCAGCUGCCGCCUGUAACAAAGGGAUCCCAGCCCCCGCAGUUCUGCUUCCAGGCCAAGAGCUGGAGGAGAUGUGUCCCAGUGACCCUGGAGCUGACUGAGGUGUGGAGGCAGACAGACAAGACCUUCAUCUCUCUGCUGCAAGCUGUGCGGCUGGGCAGGUGCUCAGAUGAGGUCACCCGCCAGCUCCGGGCCACGGCUGCCCACAGGGUGGGGCGAGAUGGGAUUGUGGCCACGAGGCUCUGCACCCACCAGGAUGAUGUGGCCCUUACCAACGAGAGGCAGCUGCAGAAACUACCAGGUGAGGUACACAGCUUUGAGGCCAUGGACAGUGACCCUGAGCAAGCCCGGACCCUGGAUGCCCAAUGUCCCGUUAGCCGGCUCCUUCAGCUAAAGCUGGGGGCUCAGGUGAUGCUGGUGAAGAACUUGGCAGUGUCUCGGGGCCUGGUAAAUGGUGCCCGAGGGGUAGUAGUUGGGUUUGAAGCCGAGGGGAGAGGGCUGCCCCAGGUGCGGUUCCUGUGUGGAGUCACCGAGGUCAUCCGUGCAGACCGCUGGAUGGUGCAGGCCACUGGGGGCCGGCUUCUCAGCCGGCAGCAGCUGCCCCUCCAGCUGGCCUGGGCCAUAUCCAUCCACAAGAGCCAGGGCAUGUCCCUGGAUUGCGUGGAGAUCUCUCUGGGCCGUGUGUUUGCCAGCGGCCAGGCCUAUGUGGCCCUUUCCCGGGCCCGCAGCCUGCAGGGCCUAUGUGUGUUGGACUUUGACCCUAUGGUGAUUCGCUGUGACCCCCGUGUGCUGAGCUUCUAUGCUACCCUGCGGCAGGACAGGGGCCUCAGCCUGGAGUCCCCAGAUGACGAUGAGGCAGCCUCAGACCAGGAGAACAUGGACCCGAACCUUUGAUCUGCAAAGAGAGGACAAAGGGUGGUCUCCCCCUCUUCCUGCUCCCUAGUGGGCCAGGCCCCAGGGGAUACCUGGGGGAGGGUAGUGAAUGUCCCUUUCUCCCUUCAUCAGGGGCUCUCAGUCUCCUGGCAGGGCUCAGGAGUGAGUGCUUCCCAUCCAUUUGCCAGCUGUGCCUCAGUUUUUCCCCUUGCCCGGGGUGAGCUGCUUCCGGGGUCAGGAGUCGGCAAUGGGCCUGCAGCGGUAGCUGGUGUUAUAGGACAGAGCUCUCUGCGAGGGGCUGGCCACAGGGCCGCACGGUUGUGAAUGCCGCUCUCUUUAGGCUGCAGAGAGGAGAGGUGGCAGGUCCUCCAGGAGCAGGAACAGGCUGUAGGGGUCCUGGCAUGGGACUCAGGUCCCAAGCAGAGAAGGGAACCUUGCUGGGGGCGGGGGGAUCUUCACAGCUAGACCCAGCCCAGCACAAGCCAGGGCAAACACCCUCCUGAGCCUAACCUGAGAACAUGCACUGCGAACUGUGUGUCUGUA